AUGGCCGCCGCCAAGCCGCCUCGUGAGCAGCCCACACAGUCGUCCGAGGGACUGCAGCCGUCACUGCUGUCGUCACUGCUGUCGUCACUGCAGCCGUCACUGCAGCCGUCACUGCAGCCGUCACUGCAGCCGUCACUGCAGCCGUCGCUCCACCUGCCCCAUCCGCAUCCGGACCGUCUUGUUUCGUCGCAUUUUUGGGACUUUGAUUCUCCCCAUGAUUCGAAUGCCCCGACGGCGUGGUGUGCCCCGACGGGGCCUACUGCGUGUUGGACCGCGACGACUUCCCCUUCUGCACGUGCCCCUUCUCAUUUCUCUCCCCCUCUCCCCGCUCCCCCCCUCCGCCAGUCGAUUGCCCCGACGGCGUGGUGUGCCCCGACGGGGCCUACUGCAGUCGAUUGCCCCGACGGCGUGGUGUGCCCCGAGGGGGCGUUCUGCCGGUUGGACCGCGACGACUUCCCCUUCUGCAUGUGCCCCUUCGGCCACACCCUAAGCGGCCCCUAUUGCGACCGUUACUACCGGUGGAAAACGGUCGGCACCAGUCUCGUUCUCUACAACGCGCCCUCCUUCAACAACUCGCCCGCCACGCUCCCGCCCGCCGUGCUGCGCGCCCCCCCACCCAACUCAUCUGCCUGUGCGGUCGUGCCGAAAGGGUUUAGCGGCAACGUGGGGUCGCUGCGGAUCCUGUGGAACGUGGAUGACGGCAUGAGGGAUCAACUGGUGUGCGGCAAGGUGCUGUUCUGGGAUAAGAGCGACUGCUCCGGGUCGGCGACUGUGUACGAGAUUCCCGGCAAGUGGACAGCCGCCAAGUUCAACAAGUUCACCUACGCCACCACCAGCGUCAACACUGACCGUGACUCUGCUUGUGCUGCUGCCUGCUUGCACCGAGUGCACCGUUUGCAGGAAUACAGCCGGCGUGGACGCCAGGGUCCGGUUCUUCUCGUGUCUGAUGGCCGUGAAGCCGCCUGUCGCCACCCUCUGUACCUUUUGAGGCGUCUCAACAGUGGCUCCGCUUGUUGCCUGUUUGUACCACCCGAGUGCAGGAAGGCAGCGGGCGUGGACGCCAGGGUCCGGUUCUUCUCGUGUCUGACGGCCGUGAAGCCGCCCGCCACCACCCUCUGUGCCUUUUGA